GUGGCCUUUGGGUUUGCUUGCUUUUUUGGGCGGCCAGAGGGGUCAGUGCACCCGCUGCAACGCUCGCUGGCCGGGUCGAGUAGCGGUCGGCAGGAUUAACUAAUCCGCCGGCCCCUCCAAAAAUUUCACACCAUGGCUAUCGAUAAGCUUUUUAGAAAUUUGGUCCCGGCCAGCAGCGACAAGCAUAACGAGAAAAGCAUCAUUUUGCUAGUAGAUGGAUUGGAGGCAACAAUGAAGACCGAUUUCAGGUUUUCCAACUUACUGGGUACAGUGUACUGCCAGGGAAACCUGGUGUACAGCCCCGACGGCACCCAUCUCUUUUCUCCAGUCGGAAACAGAGUGACUGUGUUUAACCUGGUCGAAAACAAAUCGUACACAUUGCCCUUUGCGCACCGCAAAAACAUUGCCCGAAUCGGUCUUACGCCUCGCGGAAAUCUUUUGCUGUCCAUUGACGAAGACGGCCAUGCAAUCCUCACAAACGUCCCUCGCAGAAUAUCAUUAUACCACUUCUCCUUCAAAUCAAAAGUCACAGCACUCGCCUUCUCGCCUUCUGGCCGCUACUUUGCGGUAGGUCUGCGCCGCAGAGUUGAAGUAUGGCAUGUGCCCUCGACACCCGAUACGAACGAGAGCGGCGAGCUAGAGUUUGCUCCCUUUGUCAAGCACCACAGCCAUGCCGGUCACUUUGACGACAUUCAGAACAUCGAGUGGUCCAGCGACUCUCGCUUCUUCCUCACAUCGUCCAAGGACUUGACGGCGAGAAUAUGGAGUGCCAAUAACGAGGAGGGCUUCACGCCGACGGUGCUAUCCGGCCACAGGUACGGUGUCGUUGGCGCAUGGUUCUCGGCAGACCAAGAAAAGAUCUAUACUGUCAGCAAGGACGGUGCUGUCUUUGAUUGGCAGUAUGUGAAGCCGAUCAACCGCCUUACCGACGACGACAUGCAGGACGAAGACGACGACUCCGACAUGCGCUGGAGAAUUGUCCAGAAGCACUACUUCAUGCAGGGCUCGGCCAGGGUCCGAUGCGCAGCCUUCCACCCAGAAACUAACUUGCUCGUUGCUGGCUUCUCCAACGGUCUGUUUGGCCUGUACGAGAUGCCUGACUUCAACAACAUCCACAAGCUCAGCAUCUCACAAAACGACAUCGACUUUGUCACCAUCAACAAGAGUGGCGAGUGGCUUGCAUUUGGUGCUUCCAAACUCGGCCAGCUUUUGGUUUGGGAGUGGCAGUCAGAGUCCUACAUCCUGAAGCAGCAGGGCCACUUUGACUCGAUGAACUCACUGGUGUACUCGCCCGAUGGCACCAAGAUUAUCACAACCGCCGACGACGGCAAGAUCAAGGUCUGGGAUAUUGAGUCUGGAUUCUGCAUAGUCACAUUCACAGAGCACACGAGCGGCGUGACGGCCUGCGAGUUUGCCAAGAAGGGCAACGUUCUCUUCACAUCCAGUCUGGACGGCUCGAUCCGCGCCUGGGAUCUCAUCCGCUACCGAAACUUCCGCACCUUUACCGCACCCACCCGCCUCUCAUUCUCUUGCAUGGCUGUCGACCCCAGUGGCGAAGUCGUUGCCGCCGGCUCCCUCGACUCCUUUGAUGUCCACAUCUGGUCCGUCCAGACUGGCCAGCUUCUCGACCAGAUGGCUGGCCACGAGGGUCCCGUCUCCUCGCUCGCCUUCUCCCCCAAUGGCAACGCUCUCAUCAGUGGUAGCUGGGACCGCACUGCAAGAAUCUGGUCCAUUUUCAGCCGUACACAGACCAGCGAGCCUCUCCAGCUGCAGGCGGAUGUUCUCGACAUUGCCGUUCGCCCCGACUCUCUGCAGCUGGCCAUUUCUACGCUUGAUGGCCAGUUGACCUUUUGGUCCAUGGAUGCUGAGCAGGUUGCCGGCCUAGACGGUCGCCGCGAUGCAUCGGGUGGCCGCAAAAUCACCGACAGACGCACGGCAGCCAACGUCUCCGGCACCAAGAGCUUCAACUCUAUCCGCUACAGCACUGAUGGUAGCUGUCUCUUGGCCGGUGGCAACAGCAAGUACAUCUGCCUUUACUCUGUGUCGACCAUGGUCCUGCUCAAGAAGUUUACUGUCAGUGUCAACCUGUCGCUCUCUGGCACACAAGAGUUCCUGAAUAGCAAGCUUCUUACGGAAGCCGGCACCGCCGCCGAUAUUGACCACGACUCAGACGCCGAGAUUGAAAACGUUGCCGACAGAAGUCUCCCUGGCUCCAAGCGCGGUGACCCCUCUGCUCGCAAGAAGAUGCCCGAGGUGCGCGUGUCCGGUAUUGCCUUUUCGCCUGCUGGCACUGCAUUCUGCGCCGCCUCUACCGAGGGUCUUCUCGUCUACAGCCUCGACACAACUGUUCAGUUCGACCCCUUUGACCUCAACAUUGAAAUUACCCCCGCCUCCACUCUUGCCGUACUUGAAGACGAAAAGGACUACUUGAAGGCUUUAGUCAUGGCUUUCCGCCUCAACGAGGCUGGUCUAAUUAAGCGCGUCUUCCAGGCUGUGCCCCCUGCCGACACUGCUCUGGUUGUUGGUGAACUUCCCACCGUCUACGUUGCCCGUUUGCUCCGCUUCGUGGCAGCACAGACGGAAGAGUCGCCGCACAUGGAAUUCUGUCUGCUCUGGAUCAAGGCGCUUAUUGACAAGCAUGGUGCCUGGCUGACGGCAAACAGAGGCAAGGUUGAUGUCGAGCUGCGUGUAGUGUCGCGUGCCGUGUCAAGAAUGAAGGAUGAUAUUCGUCGUCUAGCUGAUGACAACGUCUACAUGGUGGAUUACCUUGUAGGACAGGCUGCUACAGAUAAGCAACUGACCAAGGGCAAUGCUGCGCAUAGCAUUCUUGACAGUGACAAGAUGAUGCUCGACGCUGCCAAUGGCGAGGCAGAUGAGGACGAAGCAGAGGGGGAUGACGAGGACGAAUGGCUUGGUUUGGAGUAAAUUGCGCGGCGUUUGAAUUAAUUGCAUUGUAGUUUAUGGGAUAAGAGUACAAAAGAGUACUCAAAGCUAUUAAAAUAUAUACAAGGAAUUUAACCAGUCUCUCUCUU